AUGGCAUCAUCAAUAAAAGUAUCUAGUGAUAUAUUGAGAAUACACAGAUCUGUUGACUUUAUCCUUGAGAAGAUAAAAGAUGGAAACAACUAUAAUUUCUUUGUUGAUGAAGAUGAUUGUGAAGCAGAAUGGAAACUAGUGCUAAAACAAAGCCGUUACUAUGUUAGAUUAAAUGAGCAGAAAUUAUAUUUCAUUUUAAGUCGUUUUCACAUCAUAACCAGAGUGAGACCCCCUUCAAUGAUGCUUGAUAAAGACUACCUUUCAUCUGAAGAAUUUUUACACGACCUUGGUACUUUUUGUUUUUCAAUUUAUCAUAAUAUCCAAAGUUAUUUAAAACACCUUUCAGAUAUAGGUAAAAUUGAAAUUGAAAGAAUUAAACCAAUAAUAGAUUCUAUUUAUGUCGUUUCAAUUUCAUUUUCUUCUCCGUUACCUAUGCCAUGGUUUACUCCAGAAAAGUCACCUCCUUCAAUGACUAGACUGUAUUUGGAAACAUAUUGUACAAUAGAUUUCAAUAUUAAAGAUGUCCUGGCAACCAUAUUCCCUGAUUUAAGUAAAAAAUUCACAAUGGAUAUAGAAUAUUUUGAGAAAAGUGGUAUCGACGAAAGAUACGUAUAUUCUAUUUGUAGUUUUCAUAGCGAGCUCAAAGAUAAGUUUUGUUUAGCAGAUUUUUGUUUGCAACCAUUAAAAGAAAUUUUUCAUAUUAAGUACAAGUUUUCCUACAUACCACAGAGGGAAUAUGUCCAUAAUCGUGAUAUAAAUGAGGAAAGCUCUCUAAAAUUCACCAAAGAAGAAGUCAAUUAUAAGAUUCCUAUAGAACUUGCAUUGAAUGGUAUUUCAGAAUUAAUUGAAAAUGGAAAGAAUACUUUCAUGCUUGAAGAACUUUUAAUGGUGACUUUUUAUCGUAUGUUACAAUAUUCAUCCAACUUGGCAUUUAUAAUUGAUACUGAAUCGAUAAUAGUAUUAUAA